AUCAGCAAAACCAUGCAGUGGAGACGACGCCACUGCUGUACGCACACAGCUAAACUUCUGUAUCUCCUCUCACUGUUGGGUGUGCUGGUCUUUCUGGUCCACCAAGUGUGGCUCCCCAAGCUUACCGGCAUGCCAUGGUGGAGAGGCUAUCCUGUGGUCUAUGGAGGUGGGCUGCUUCAAAUAUCCAAGUCCAAAUGGAACACAAGCGCCCUACAUUCAGCGUGGAGGUUUGUGAUCGUUGCUCAGCCAACUUCCAUGGCUGGUGCCAACAUUAGCUCUCAGGAGAGGCAGGGUGUUUUGUCUCGUCAAGUUGACACGAGUUUUGAGAACACACCAACGGCUAACAAAAGUCAAAAUCAAGAGGGAGAAAUUAACAAUACAAUAACCCAUGGGCCUUUCUCUUACAUCAUCAACGAGCCAGACAAAUGUGCAGAGAAGCAACCUAUGCUCUUUUUAGUGUUGCUAAUUGCCACUGAAGCUCGACAGGUGGAGGCAAGGAAUGCCAUACGACAGACAUGGGGCAAUGAGAGCAUUGCCCCUGCUCUGGGACUCGUUCGACUCUUUCUGCUGGGGAAAACAGAAGGAGAACUUGGACUUCUCCAAGGAAACAUGCUACAGGCAGAGAGCCGGAGGCAUCAUGAUAUCAUUCAACAGGACUUUCUGGACUCCUAUAAAAAUCUGACUAUAAAGACAUUGAUGGGAAUGAACUGGGUAGCGAUGCACUGCCCACAGGCAAGCUAUGUCAUGAAAACUGACAGUGACAUGUUUGUCAACACGGAGUACCUCAUUAAUAAGCUGCUCAGGCCAGAACUGAAGGCCAGGAGGAACUACUUCACAGGUAGCAACAUGAGAGGCUUUGCUCCUAACCGAAACAAAAACAGCAAGUGGUACAUGCCCCCAGAGCUAUACCCAGGAGACAAGUAUCCCUCAUUCUGCUCCGGGACCGGUUAUGUCUUUUCUGGAGACCUGGCGAGGAAAAUCUACCAAACUUCACUGACUGUACGCCACCUGCAUCUGGAGGAUGUGUAUGUGGGAAUGUGUCUGGCCAAGCUCGGAAUCGAGCCCACGCCUCCACCCAACGGGUUCCUCUUCAACCACUGGCGGGUUUCUUACUCCAGCUGCAAGUACAGUCAUUUGAUAACAUCACAUGGGUUUCAUCCAAACGAGCUCCUCAAAUAUUGGCAUCACCUUCAGAGCAACAAACGUAACGCCUGCAUCAACACGUUUAAAGAGAGAACGAGCAGAACACACGUCAACAGAAGGACCGGAGACAGAAAAGCUCAUUAACACCUCGGCAAACGCUGGAACAGAUUGAUUUCUUUGCAGAAACAUAUCGUGACUGAGUAUCAAGGGAUUUAAAAUCCAGGUAAAUUAUUCAUGUACCAAAAUAAUUUUGUGUCUAAACUGUCACAUGCUGUCGAGAUUUCUAGAAAAUGAUUUCUAAACCGUGUCUACAAGACCGAAGCACUGGGAAAAGAUUGGGUACAAAAGAA